AUCUCUUGCACCAUGGAGUCCGACAAAGUUAUUCCAGUGCGGGUUGCUGUGCGGUGCCGGCCACUUGUGCCCAAAGAACUGAUAGAGGGCUGCCAAGCCUGUGCUCGGACAUGUCCGAGCAAUCAAAGUGUUGUACUUGGUGGAAACAAGACGUUCUCUUACGACUACGUUUUUGGAGAGGAGUCAAGCCAAGUGCAAGUAUAUGACGCAUGUGUGUCUAAGCUACUGCCUAAAGUAUUUGAAGGCUUCAACGUCACCAUCCUCGCAUACGGCCAGACCGGAUCUGGCAAAACAUUUACAAUGGGAACGUGCUGCUCAUCAAAUUGUGCCAGCUCCGAAGAUGCUGGCAUCAUCCCGAGGGCAGUCCAAGAUAUCUUUAAGCACAUCUCGGUGAACACGGAGAAGAUAUUCCUUGUGAGAGUGUCUUUCCUCGAGAUAUACAAAGAAGACGUGUUUGACCUGUUCUCCAAAAAUCAAGAUCGAGAAUCACUGCAAAUUCGAGAAGACCAGAAUGGUGCCAUUAAGAUUUUAAACUUGACGGAGCUGAACGUGACCACCCCUGAGGAGACAAUCCGUCUUCUGGAGGUCGGCUCUGCAAGUCGAAGCACCGCCUCGACCAACAUGAACGCGCGCUCAUCUCGUUCGCACGCAAUCUUCACACUGACUGUGGAGCAGCAGGAGAAGUCCAGUGGUGGUGCCAUAAUGGUGGCAAAAUUCCAUCUGGUUGACCUCGCUGGCUCGGAAAGGGCUGGAAAGACCAAAGCAGUUGGCGAAAGGCUCAAAGAAGGCAUCACCAUCAAUCAAGGCCUACUGUCGCUUGGAAAUGUCAUCAGUGCCCUCUGCGACGGCCAUUCUCAUGUGCCGUAUCGGAAUUCAAAGCUGACACGUCUGCUGCAGGAUUCCUUGGGAGGCAACAGCCACACUGUGAUGAUUGCCUGUGUUAGCCCAGCAGAUAGUAACUUGGAGGAAACCUUGAACACCCUGCGGUAUGCAGACCGGGCAAGGAAGAUAAAGAAUAAGCCUAUUGUGAACAUCGAUCCAGUGCAGGCUGAAGUCGCUCUGCUUCGUCAGCAGCUCCAGGAAGCAAGGAUUGAGCUGAUGAGAUGCCGGACUCUGCAAGGUGAAGGAGGAGACCAGCCCGGAGGCGAGGAGUCCGGGGGAGAUGGUGGUGAAUCUAAGAAAGACCUGGCAUUGGUGCUGUCACGCAACGCAGAACUCGAGAAUGAAAAUCAGCAUUUGAGCGAGGAGCUUCACCGUGCACUUGACCAGCUUGGCGAGAACUCAGAACGUCUCAUCAUUACUGAGCUUGAGGUUCAGAAGCUGAAGGAGUUUCUUACUCAAAUGUCUGAAAAGAUAGACGGAAGUAACCUUGGUGAAGCUGAUGGUGAUCACGCAACCAGCAUCCUGAGGGACCUUCAAAACUCCAUAAUGGAGUUCUCGGCUGGUGAACAGAAAAGGCGCAAGCUGAAUGAGUCACUUUUCAAGGUUGACAAGCCACCUGCAGAAGAUGACAGGGAGAUGACGACCAUCGAGGAGGAAGGUUCGGACACAUCCCUCGGCGAGAGCACUGCAAAGGGCUCGGCCGAACAGAUGCAGAAAACGUUUCUGCUCAAUCAGUCGCGUCUGGAGGCGACUAUGCGACGUGCCGCACUGAGCAAAGAGCUUGAAGAUCUCAACCGAGUGCUACAAGCCAAGGAGGAGCUCGCCAGCAAGAUGUCCAUGAAUGACCAGCACCUUGAGGUCGUGAAGCUGCAGUAUGAGGCAAACAAUCGUGAACUUGAGCGUGAGGUAGCUAUUCUCAAGAAAGAACGUGAUGACCUCUCUGCCAUGCUAUCAAGCCAGCAAAACACUAAAAGUGCGGCUGGGAACAAGGUAGCAGAGCAGCAACGCAAGCGCAUUCAAGAGCUGGAAGAUCGCGUCGGCCAACUGCGCAAGAAGGUUGAGGAGCAGUCCCGUAUGAUCAGACUCAAGGAGGAUGCGGAACGCAGUGCCAAGAAGCUCCAGCAGGAGAUCAUGAACAUGAAGCAGGUGCGGGUGCAGCUCAUGAAGCGUAUGAAGGAGGAGUCGGAACGCCACAGGAUACAGCAGACUGAGCGCAACCGCGAGAUUCGAGCCCUGCGGGUGCGCGAGCAGCAGCAGUCGGUACAGAUGGCACGCAUGGCGCGCCAAAAUGAGCUGCGCAUCAAUGUGCUGCAACGGCGUGUGGACGAGGCCCUGGCGGCCAAGAACCGCCUCGAGGCCGCUCAGCGUCGCCGCCUGGAGAAUCGUGCCACUGGCCACGGCUUUGACAGCAUGGCAGCACGUGUCGAGCUGAAGAACUGGCUGCAAAGCGAGCUUCUCGUUGUGUCCGAGAGCAAGAGGCUAGAGCAACACCUGACUUCACUCAUCGAGGAGCGCAAGGCCAUUGCCAUCAAAACCCACGACGCCGAGAAGCAGCUGAAGGACCCCGACAUGGCUGAAGACAAGGCAGAGUGCAAUGCACGUCUCCAAGAGCUCAAGCGCUCGCUGCAAGAGCACAGUGACAAGAUUGCUGAAAUCCAGCGAAAAAUCCUGGAUGUGGAGCCUGAGCGACAUAUAAAGAACCUUGCCUCAAAUGUGACGGACAUCGUCGAGAGCAGGGUCAUUGCAACAAGCCUCUUCGAGAUGCUUGUGUCCGAGAACAUGACUGCUUACAUGGUGACCUCAAAGUUGAGCGAGAAGGAGCAGGAACUGGACGAGCGCCAAAAGCAGAUAGAGCGACUGGAGGCGAAGUUGGAGCAGAUGGAAAAGGACUUCAACAUGAAGCUAAACGACCUCAACAAGCAACACGAGAAAACGAAACUCGUCCUGCUCAAGCACUCUGGCAACACAACGCUCCAGUCGAAUCCAGUUAUGGAUGCUUCUCUCGUGGCAAAACUGCAAAGCCAGAGGAAAACUCGCGUCAAGCCACGAGCCCCCACCGUUGAAGAGCUGGAGACAAGUAGCGAGAGUGAGCACGACAGCGAUGCUAAAGAUGACCCAGACUGGUGUCUCAGCAGUGAACUGAGCAAGGCCAGCCGCAAGCAGAAGUCGCAGGAGGAGGAGAAGCCUAAAUCCAUAAAGCGCUCUACUUCGGCGGCUGCCUGCAAGUGCCGAGGACUGUGCCGCUCGGGACGCUGUGGAUGUUCCAGGAAGCAGAGGAGCUGCUCCUCCCUCUGCUCCUGCAAGGGGGAGUGUCCCGUGGCGCAGCACUCCGAGUCCGAUUUGGCCAUUCCAGAGGACACGGUGACCGAAAGCUUGCCAGAAAAGCAGCUCUCUCUUAGAAGCAAACAGUGACGUGACACAUUGUGUACAUAUAUAUUUAUAUGCAUCUGUAUGAACGUUUCACAAAUUGGAUGACAUAAAUUUGUGUUGGUGCUCUACAUCUUUCUUUUACCGCCUCUUUGAAGGAACACAGCUAGCGCUCUCUCGUAAUGAACUCGCUACUUUUAAUUUUGACCAUUUCAGUGUCUCCACUUAUCUUAAGUCUGUUUUAAUUUCAUAAUUAUUGUCACUUUCUAUUUCAUUCAUCACAUCGCUCUGUGUUUGACAACUCAACCCUAUGCUGUGUUUUGUGACAAACAUUCAACAGCCACCAAGACAGCAUGGCAGUGGCAUCCAGAAGGUAACUUUAAUGUACAAGUGUCAUAGUGAACUGAGAUGCACUACAGUGGUUGAAGCCUGCGCAGGAACUGUUGGCAUCUUAUGUCCCUUCCAUAAUUCAUUCAGCUGCAUGGAUUAGGUUGGAUGACCUGCAAUUAGUUCCCCGUUUUUCAAAGGAAGGCAGGAGCUGGGACAAGUAAACCAUCUAACAUUCGUCUUGUGUGCCGUGCAUGCGUGUGCGUGUGUUUGUGGAGAGUGACCAAUGUUGGCUUACGUGGAGGUACUUCGAAAACACAAGUUACAAAAACCUGCCAAAAAUAUGUGUGAGCACAUUGUCCUUUUAUGUCUUGGAUGGCGUCUUCGUGG